AUGCACGGCGCAGAGGCCGGAAAGUCUUUAAUUCAAUUCAACCACUGUAAGAAGUCUAUCUACAGCUUCAGUGUGCCCCUGUGCUGCCCCCUCUGCCAGGGGAAUGUGGGCUCCAUGAAGCUGGAGGAAGCACCCGUUAGCAUCGCGAAUCCAUUUACUAAUGGGCAUCAAGAGAAAUGUUCAUUCCUCCUCAGGCCAACCCAAGGGACGUUUCUUAGGGAGUAUGAUGGAAGGUCUGAUCUUCAUGUUGGAAUAACUAACACAAAUGGAGUUGUGUAUAAUUACAAUGCACAUGGCGUCCAGCGAGACAAAACUGGGUGGGAGCAGAGCAUCAGCAUCCUGUUACUGCAGCCCAACAUGUACGGACUGAUGGACCAGUGGGACAAGUACCUGGAAGACUUCUCCAGCUUGGGGACCUGGCUGCCUCACAGGUAUGAAGAAGACCACCACAACUGCUACAGUUACACCCUCAUGUUCAUUAACUGCAUUCUGACCACAGAAGGCAAAGAGCCACUGGACAAGAGUGAGUUCACUGAGAGAUACGUGGUCCCGAGGACAAGGCUGGCAUCCAAGUACCUCACGCUUUACCGGGCGAUACAAGAGCAUGGCUUCUAUGUGAGUGACCACCCUGGCCAAGAGCCAUGCCUCGCUCCAGGCAGUGGCCUGUGCUGA